UUCGCUGGCCAACAACACGCACACACCAAAAAGUGCUGGGUCGCGCGAGAAAAUUGUUGAAAAUUCAUGAAAAUUCGGUGAAAAUCACAAGGGAUAAAAUGUUCUGUGCUUGAGGGAUAUAGAAGGAUAUAGAAAGUGAGAUCUAGUGAAGCCGCGGGUGGUAUGUUACCGGAUGGCCAGGGCAGGUGGCCGAAACCGAGCUAACGGGAUAUGUGGUGCAAACGAGUGCGUGUGUGCCUGUGAGUGUGUGUGUGCAGCAGCAAAGUAGGCUAAGAAAAAGUCGCAUCGCCUGGUAUUUAUGUCGCGCUCCCGCUGGAUCGACCUCCAUCAUCAGCAGUUAGUGAAUCAUUGGAAUCGGAGGAUCCUGGGCAACCAUGUCCUGGUGGCGCCUCUAUUUGGGCCAGCUCGCCAUCCUGGUCUGUUUGGCACCGUACGUCAAUCUGCAGCCAGCCGAGAACAUCAACUACAAUCUCGUUCAUUCCUGGGCCGACAAAUUGGGCAUGGAGCUGUUUCAUCUGGGCGAUUUCAUCACCAGGCGCAAGGAGGUGCAAGAGAGUUUCAAGGAUGCGAAAGUCGUUUCGCGCAAUGGAGCCUCCAUCGUCGAUUCGAUGGCCAAGGAAAUCGAAAUGAUGAUGGACCUCAAAGUCAGUGCAGUGAGGCGCAUUAUGGACACGGCUGAGAAUACGGCUCUGUCGCAUCAGAACGAAAAGGCGGACAAGAUGUUCUCCUACUACAGUGCCAAGGAAAUGCUGGAGCCCGGCGAUCCCGUACCACCCAUUCCCACCCCGGCGCCCGAUAUGGACAAGGAUAUAGGCGAACCCCUGAUCUAUGUCCAGCCGAAGGUGGUGGUCCUGGAACCGCGUCCAGAAUUCCACAACACUCCGGUCAACUUCAGCGUCAGCUCGGUCCACGUGCCAGUCAAUGUGUUCGAUCGAGCACCGGAUGUGAUUAAAGCAAUUCAGUGGUCGGAGAAUUUGGAUCAGAUAUUCCGCGACAAUUACAAAAACGAUCCGACAUUGUCGUGGCAAUUCUUUGGCAGUUCGACGGGCUUUAUGCGUCAAUUCCCGGCAUCGAAGUGGCGAAAGGACGUGCCGGUCGAUCUAUACGAUUGCCGACUACGAUCCUGGUACAUGGAGGCGGCGACGAGUCCGAAGGAUAUUGUUAUCCUGAUGGAUGGAUCCGGUUCAAUGUUGGGACAGAGGCUAGAUAUCGCAAAGCAUGUUGUCAAUACGAUACUCGAUACAUUAGGUACAAAUGACUUUGUGAACAUCUUCACCUUUGAUAAGGAAGUGAGCCCAGUGGUUGGAUGUUUCGACGAGACACUGAUUCAAGCAACUCUGGGCAACAUACGUGAACUGAAAGAGGGGAUUGAACUGUUUUCACCCAAAUCGAUAGCCAAUUAUACCGCUGCAUUGACAAAGGCAUUCGAGAUAUUGGAAGAUGCCAAGUUGAAUUCGCGCGGGGCGCAGUGCAAUCAGGCGAUCAUGAUCAUUGGCGACGGGGCGCCGGAGAACAAUCGCGAGGUCUUCGAGUUGCACAAUUGGCGGGAUCCGCCGUACAAGCCGGUCCGCGUGUUCACCUACCUGAUUGGCAAGGAGGUGGCCAAUUGGGAUGAUAUACGGUGGAUGGCGUGCGAGAAUCAGGGCUACUACGUCCACCUUAGCGACACCGCCGAGGUGCGCGAGAUGGUCUUGAAUUACAUACCGGUUAUGGCCAGGCCGCUCGUCUUGGGCAGGCACGAUCAUCCGGUGAUCUGGUCGCAGGUCUAUGCGGACAUCGAGGACACUAAGCUCUCCGACUACCUGUGGGACAUCAGCCAGUGCGAGUACCAGAAGGCGGACGUCCUCCAGUUUUGGCAGGUGCGCGACCGGAUGCUGGAGCCCAUCGAAAUGCACCGCCGGAAGUACAGAAGGAUGAAGGAGACCUGGAAACAGCCCGUGGACUCGAAUGUGUACCAAUUCAUGACCACCGUAUCGAUGCCCAUCUACGAUCGUCGUGAGAAUGCGAAUAUCACCGAAGAAGUUUUAAUAAAUGAAGCACUCUGGGAAUUGCAAACACGUGAGACUAAGAUUGCGAAUAUAUUGGGCGUGGCAGGCACGGAUGUGCCCAUUAAUGAAAUCAAAAAGCUGCUGUCGCCGUUCACGCUUGGCGUGAAUGGCUAUGCGUUUAUAGUAACCAACAAUGGUUAUGUACUAUUCCAUCCAGACUUUCGUCCAAUUUUCCAAGGAUACAUAUUAAAGCCAUCAUACAAUAGCGUUGACAUGAUUGAAGUCGAGCUGUUGGAUGACGAUCGGGCCGCCAGAGACUUUAAUCCACUGCUGAUGACGAUAAGAGAUUCUAUAAUCAAUCAAUCGACAGGCAGCAAAUGGAUGUUGGUCAAGAAUCAUUUCGAUGAAAUGAAACGGGUGGCUCGCAUAAAGCGGCAAUAUUAUUGGACAGCCAUUAAGAAGACGCCUUUCACUCUGGUAAUUUCCUAUCCGGAGCAAUAUGGCGUGAGCCACAUGGACAUUCGGGCCGAUCAGGAGAUCCAUCGAAUAAGCAUUAAGGGCACGAACUUACGCAACGUCUUUAGUGGCAAGCGCUGGAAAAUACAUCCCGAUUGGCUAUUCUGCAAGCACAGCAACAGGACAUUCAAAACGCCAGAGAUCGAACUGCUGUACUUUCUCGAGCGAAUGUCUGAGCCUGGCUGGCGAUGGCCGGGAAGUCGGAGUGCAAUGCCACCGGAACACGCGGCUGCCAUGUUUUCUAACAACUCAUCAACUGGCCGUUAUCCAUCAAUCAAUGAAAAAGAAAGAUACUAUUGCGAUCGGCAGCUGAUGCAAGCUCUGGUUUUCGAUGCUCGAGUCACCGGAUGGUUCUCCAACAACACCAGCUUCAAUUCCAAGGACGACAAGGGCACGAGCGCAUCAAGCCCAAUAGCCGUUCUAAUGGGUUUGCUGCCAAGAAACGAAUUCAAGCAGCGAUUUGGCGUCACCGUCGCCUUCUUGGCCACCCACAGUGGUCUCACCCGCUGGCACGAGUUCCACUCGAAUGCUGCCGAAGAAUCUGGAGCCGGCGAGACUUUCAGCCAGAACAACACUCGGGCCAUCGAUGAGAUUUGGUACAAGCGAGCCGUGGACCAACACUUUGUUAGGGAGGAGAGCUUCGUUUACUCCGUGCCCUUCGAUGCGGGUGAGAGCAAUUCGGAGAUCCUGGUGACGGCCAGCCACGCUGUUUUCCACAAUGAAGGCGGCAAAACUGCACCCGCGGCAGUUGUGGGCUUCCAGUUUCAGCACUCGGCGCUCUACAAACUCUUCCACAACAUCACCGGCAAUGCCUGUGCCGUGGAUGACAAAGACUGCUAUAUUCUGGACAACAAUGGCUAUGUGGUGAUAUCGACGCGAGUCCACGAAACGGGGAGAUUCUUCGGGGAGGUUAACGGAGCCAUCAUGAAGCGUCUGCUGGAGGAGAAUGUCUACAAACAGGUCACCGUUUACGAUUACCAGGCGGUGUGCUUCGAGUCCAAGAGUGAUAACAACGCCUCCAGCAUGUUGCUUUCGCCAAUUUUCCAUGUGCUGCGCGUGGGCAAAUGGCUGCUGCAUACGGCGCUGUGGUAUAUUGUACAACUGUUGCAGUGGGCGCCCGGGGUGUCCAGCCAUUACGCGGACAUGUACGGUGACUCCAAUGAGACGGAGCCACCGGCGCCGCCGCCGGAGGACCAUGGCCGCAAUGGGAACGGCCAUGGGAAGAAGGACAAGGACUACUGGCUGCGCUACCUGACGCUCCACCGCACCAGACUCAAGCCGUGCGACAUGAAGCGCGAGCUGUACACACUGUUCAAGGAGAAGGACAACGUUGUCUACAAUAUGACAGCCCAUGCAUGUGAGCGGCCAUUUGUCGUCCUGCCCAUACCGUUCAGCAACCUCAUCCUGCUGGUGAUCGACCAGCUGUGUCCCAGGGACGCCACCGUCAUGCUCACGGUCAAUCCGCAGCCGAUCGACUACCCCUUGGCGAUCAAUGAAACGCUGGCCUGCUACAAGCACGCAAGGGAGUUCAACCGCAUGCGACCCCACAGCUGCAUCAGUCGGCACGCGAACGAGAGCGGCAUCAAGCUGUGCGGCAAGGCGUGUUCGAUCUACGCAAAUCUGGGGCUGCUGCUCCUCUGCCACAUACUUAGUCGCUGGCUGUAACGUCGGCCGAUGGACUUAGCUUAGUUCUAGGCAAUAUGUUUUUGUAUUAUAUACGAAGGGCAAUCCAGGAGGUGGGAAUUUUUUACUCUAACGCUUGAGCGCAGUUCAAUAUUUUUGGUCACCUAGAGAAACUUUUCCAAAUUAGUUGUUAAGUAGCUAAAUAUGAGUAUCCGUAUCCGUUUCGAGCGGACACAGUGAACGCGGACAGUGUGUGCCGCCUGCGAUGGACGCGGCGCUGGGCUUAUUGUAGACCUUCCAAUAGACAGGACAAACACACAUAUAUUUAUUGCCUAUAUAUUAUAUAUAUUGUAUACAUGCGUAUAACUGAAAAUUCCAACAACGGCCUUAAACGACUUGCGAACCUUUAAAUAAGCUGAAUGCAAAGCGCCGUCGUCAUCCGGGCGAUAAAAUUAUGGCACACACUGUACCCAAUGCCGACUACUGCCCAUGGUUAUGUGUGUGAGUGAGUGAGUGUGUGCGAGUGUGUGGGUGCGUGUGUGCAGGUGUGAAGGUGUGCGUGUGGAGGUGUGAGUGUUGAUCCUAAUCUAAGAAGGCCACAUUUGUAAGUAACACCUAGCUACGAGUUUAUGUUUAAAGAACGGAUCAAGAAACCUAUCGAUAAAGGCGAAUAAUGGAACCAUUUAAUUAUAUAUAUACACACACACACACACAUACGAUAAUACGAUAUAUACCUACGAGUACGCCCGGUACAUGCUAACUAAUUUAAGUAGCUUUUGUAUAUUUGCUUAGCUUAGCCCAAAGAAACACUAACCGAAAGUUCAGCCUCGGAGCCUUGGAAAACUACAUACUUUUAUAGACAUUCGUUAAAAGAUGAUAUGUAAGCCACUAAACAGAAACCGAAACCAAAAUGAAAAUGAAAAGCGAGAAAAACCGAUUUAAAGGCAUUGUUUUUAUAUACACUGAUGAUGACGAUACCUAGCAUUACCCACAAGUACCUACAUAUAUGAGAAAUACUUUUUAUUACUAACUACUUGAUACGAGCCACAGAACUGAGCCGAGGUCGGAGACGAUUGAGUAAAAGCAACAGCAUCUAGUGACUAAAUAAAAUAAAUUAUUAAUAAUACUACACUUAAACAUUGACUAGUUGAAAUUUACCAAGACAAAAACUAUCGUACAUCUAGACAAACUCUCGAACGAGAGGAUCUCUCCUCCGAUCGGAACAGAUCUUGCUAAGCUUUAGCCCCACAUCUCCCCAUGGUAGUUUAAUCAACUUGUGCCAUUCGAACUGCCUAGAAUUUGUUAUUAACUAUUUAAUAUUGAACUCAUAAGCGCCGUUUUAGAUGCGACUAACCGGGAAAUCUGUUAAUCCUCUCGCAGGUUGUUUCAUUCCUUUAUUCAUUUUGUACAUUCCUGCCCGAUUGAGACCGCUCGAUUCGAAUGUAGGGUGAAGCAAAUAUCAAACUAAAACCAAGCUUGCAGGCCUCUUCACCAGGACAUUAAGCCCGAUCUCAGAUUUAAACUCUCCUCACGAACAAAAGAAACAAUACACACUCGCUGGCAGCCACAAUUGUACUACAUACAUAUACAUAUUUCGAAUUCAAUCAAAUACAAGUAAAACCAUUUGUCUAAUGUGCUAAAAGAAGAAACUGAUAAUAAACACAAAAUAAUUUCGAAAAUCAAA